CUGCCGCCCAUGGUCUUGUGCGAGGAAUUGAUUGGUCUCUAUUUUCGAUAUAUCCACGUUUCUUUCCACACUCUAUUCCACGAGCCAUCCUUCCGGACCGCAUUCCGCUCCGGAACCUUGCCAAAAAUUCUCCUGUUUGCAGUCUUCGGCAUGUCGGCACGCUUCUCGCAGCACGAGACUUUGGCAAGCAUACCGCCUCGAGAAAGAGGUAGACCGUUUACCAAAGAAGCUGAGCGCUUGUUGAACUUGCACGAUGUGUCGCUCACCACCAUUCAGGCUUGCCUCUUAUUAGGGGCCUCGGCUGUUGCAGAGGGAGGCGGAGCUAUAGAAUCCGUCUUCUUCAGCAUUGCGUGCCGCAUGGGUUUACUGCUUGAUCUUCCCAACGCUCCCGUCGCGACACAGAUCCAGCAAGAAGUGAAUUACAGAGUAUGGUGGACGUUGUACGAGACGGAUACUUGGUCAUCCAUUGCAAAUCAGCUACCCAAGAUGACACCCUUGCGCAACAUACCCCUACCCAUGCCGGAGAAAUGGUUUCUGGAGCUUUCUGAUACUGCGAUGCCCGAUGAGAGUCCAUUUCAGGAAUGCACAUUAUCUGAUUUCCCUCUCGCGAUCGCGCCGUUGGGUUCGUUUGCUGCAUACUCGGUCAUUCUCAACCAUAUUUUCCCCAAAAUCGACCAAGCAAACGCUCAAUCAGUGUCUGAUAAGGUUUCACAAUUCGACCUAAUCCAAGUUGUAGAAGAGGCGUCGCAUGACCUAGAUAGGUGGGCGUCUGCUCUCCCAUCUAAUAUGGUCAGCACGCCCCAAAACCUGAGUUACUGGGUUGAAAAUGGUCUCGGCAACGUAUUCGUUAUCCUCCACAUGAACUAUCAUCACCUAUGCCAGCUACUUUUCUACCAAUUUCUUCACGGCAGCACGAACCAGAAAAAUCAUGUGCAACUCACAAGCCAUUAUGCACAAAAAUGCCGGCAACACGCCACGCAGCUCUGCGAUCUCAUACAGCUGGCGAGCCAGACACCAGGCGCAGAACUUCUCAAUUCUUUUGUUGGCCACGUUUUAACUAUCGCCUCUACUAUCCAGCUCCACGUAUUACUCUUCAGCGAAGAUGACGGGGAAACACGCAAUGCCCGCCGACUUCUCGGGCGCAAUUUUGAGCUACUCAUGAACUUGAAAAUGUACUGGCCCUGUGUUGACUUAUCGUUUUCACGAUUCAAUGCAUUUCACCAGGCAUGCUUACGUUCGCAAGACGAUUCCCAGUUUCGGAUGGAUCGGUGGAUGCUGAAGUUCAUGCUCGAAUUUGCUGCUCCACUUGCCGAAAGAGUGAAAGAUGAAGAUAUCGAGGGUAUCCUUCAGCGUCCGUGGAGCCAGAUCAGUAGAGCUCCUUAG